AUGGCCGCUGCCCGGAAUUUCACCAUCUCCUGCCACUGCGGUGCCGCUCGGCAGGCCGUGGCUCCGCGGGGCAACCAGAGCCUCUUCUCCGAGGUGUCGUUCUGCCACUGCGACAGCUGCCGCCACCUGACAGGCCUGCUGUGCGCCUCCUACGCCCCUAUUUCCUCCCACCCUGCUCCCUCCGUUGCCGGGCUGCAGAGUUAUUCCACCUCACCGGCCUCGACCAGGUAUUUCUGCUCCACCUGCGGCUGCCACGUCUUCCGCGCCAGCCGGCCGUCCCCAUCCUCGGCCCCUGAGCAAUGGUCAUGGGAGGUCGCCACGGGCGCCGUCGUCGACGGCCCGGCGCCCACCUCCAGCCUCCCUGAGCAAUGGCGCCACCUUCACAUCCGCGACACCAAAGACGGCGGCCUCUCUGCCUGGCUGCCCAACGCCGACCCCCCUCCACAAUCCUCAGAGCACUCCCCCGCCUCCCCAGACCAAAGCACCACGCUCCCAGCCUCCUGCCACUGCCGCUCCAUCUCCCUCCAAAUCACCCGGCCCUCGCCCGACCCAGCCCUCAACCCGGACUCCCCGUACGCCGACCUGCUGCUCCCCUACCACAGCACCCCCUCCACCACCGUCUCCAACCCCUCCCGCGAGAAGUGGUACCUGCGCCCCGACCCGGCGCUCCUCCGCUCGCAUCAUUCCCCAUCCCCAAACCACCAGCCCCAACACGUCCGCUACCUCGCCGGGACCUGCGCCUGCGAGACCUGCCGCCUGACCAGCGGCUUCGAGAUCCAGACAUGGUCCUUCAUCCCCCGCCGCAACAUCCUCAUCCGCCUCUCCCAGCCGGGCGAAGCCGGGUCGUCCACCAACCCAGCCGCAACCGCAAACGCCUCCUCCCACCCAGAUCCACAGCAACAGCAACAGGAGGAGGAGCAGCAGCACCAGCAACCGCAGAAACCGCACCAGGAGCAGGAGCAGCAGCAACAGGAGGAGCAGCAGCAGCAACAGAAGCAGCAGCAGCAGCAGCAGCAGCCGCAACCAGAGGGGGAGGAAAAAGAAGAAGAGGACUACCGCCCGCUCGACUUCACCCGCCUGCCCACCAACUCACCGCUGAAAGCCUACGAGUCCUCGCCAGGCCGACUGCGCGAGUUCUGCGGGCGCUGCGGCGCCACCGUCUUCUGGCACGACCGUGUGCGGCCGGAUCUGAUCGACGUCAGCGCAGGGCUGUUCCGCGCGGCCGCGGGCGCGAGGGCGGAGGACUGGCUGGCGUGGUGGACCGGCCGGGUCAGUUUCUCGGAGGAGGCUGGGACAGGCAGGCACGGCGGGGCCAAGGCGUGGGGGAAAGGGGUGAUUAAGGCUUUGGAGCGGCGUUUGAAGGCACACCAUCAGGGUCAGAGCGAGAGUCAGGUCCGCGUCAGCAGGGGCAGCGACGGUGCUUGA